CCACGACGACGACGACAACGACAACAACAACAACAACGACGACGACGACGAGGACGACGAAGACAACGCCGCCGGGGAGCAGGAGGAUAUUGGUCGUGUCAGAUAUCCGAGUCAGUUCGUAGUAUUGGCAUACACCAACGUUGGUAACAGUAGCAGUAAUUGUAGUAUCCGCCGCGAACUAAUUCUCUCGAGUACGUCGUAAUCAUCGAGUGAAAAAAAAAAAAAAAAAUCGUUGAGGCACGGCACAGUGAGAAAGAAGAAAAGAACGCAGUGCGGAAAACGAAGAGAAACGGAAGAGGAAUUAUAGUCAUAGUGGAUCGAGUACUGCGCGGAGUCAUAUACGCAGAGGUAGGUCCAUCCAGAGGAAGAUAUCGGUUGAAGAAGCCGCUCCUCGUCGGCGCUCCAGCAUGACCCAGCCUUAGUACGGCUCUUCUGUCGUACCUUCGCGGCGCGACACGAUACGACACGCAAAAGAAGGUGGUAGAGAAGUCGGAGGUGGUGCUGGCGGCGGAGGGGACGGAGGUGGCCAGAGAGAGGGUGGAGGACGCCGGGGAGGACGGCGAAGAAGAAGAAGGUGGCGAAGGAGGAGAAAGACGGCGGAGAUUUCGCUAACAACGGCGAACAUCCUCGAGGGUGCGAACCACCAACAGCAGCACCACCGCCGACGACGACAACGACGAUGAUCGCGACGGGCGGUGAUCGGCGUACGUGUUGGAGGCGGAGGCGCCGAUUGGUGGUGGUGACUUUACUCUCCGCGGUUCUGGCCUUUGUGGUGGGUCCCUCGUCGUCCUGGGGCCACAGACCGGCCCCGAGCAACCCGAUCAUGUUUCCCACCACUACGAGCAGCACAGCGAUGCCCGUUCUGGUGCGCAACGGCACCAACGUGCAGGUGAAUGACAACAAUAACAACAUAAGUGGUGCCGCGGGAAUUGACAAUAGAACUUAUGAAAAUGAAACCGAUGUUAAGAGGCCGCUCUUCCCAGAAGAUCUGUUCACCACCGAGCAACGACGCCGCGGUGCGGUGUUACUUCACAUACUCGGCGUAGUGUAUAUGUUCGUCGCGUUAGCGAUCGUUUGCGAUGAGUUCUUUGUACCGUCGCUGGACGUGAUAAUUGAGAAACUCGAAAUAGCCGACGACGUAGCCGGCGCGACUUUCAUGGCAGCCGGUGGAUCGGCGCCCGAACUCUUCACAUCGAUAAUAGGCGUGUUCGUGUCAUUCGACGACGUCGGUAUCGGCACUAUCGUCGGCUCCGCCGUAUUCAACAUCCUCUUCGUAAUCGGCAUGUGCGCUAUAUUCUCGCGUACUGUGCUGACGCUCACAUGGUGGCCUCUAUUUCGCGACUGCUCUUUCUACAGUGUCAGUCUAAUCACUCUGAUCUACUUCUUCCGCGACAGUUACAUACAUUGGUACGAGGCGCUCGUGCUUUUCGGAUUCUACUUGGGAUAUGUGAGCUUCAUGAAAUGGAACAAACCGGUGGAGAAAAUCGUCAAAAGGAUAAUCUACAGAAACAGAGUGACCCGGGUCAGGUCUACCGAUCAGCUGAUGCCCUCGCACCAGAGCGCCGCCCAGGCAUUGCAGCAUCCGAACGCGACCAACAGUAGCGAGACGAGCGUGGGUGGCGUGUCGGGUGCGUGCGGAAGCAGCGGCAUACCGGUGCCCGGGGAGGCCGGAUGCAGCAGCAGGGGUGGCAGCAGCAGCGGUGCCGGCGGCGGCGGCGGCGGCGGCACAAGCGCCGGACAGAGCUGCGAUCAGGCCCACGGGGGUCCGUCUUCGCACACGUCAUCGAAGGAGAGCCAUGCGAAGUUCCGGCACGGCCUGCUGCAGCUUAUGAUACACACGAUCGAUCCGCUCCACGACGGUCAGUCCCGCGCCGGUCAGGUGGACGAGAAGGCAACGCAGCUACAUGCGAUAGCGUCGCUGAAGGUGCUGCUGGAUGCCACUAGACCGCAGAACGGCGCGGCGACAUCAACCGCCGCCCGUUACUCGGACGCGCCUUCGAAGGAGACGACUUUGCAGCUGCAGCAGAGCUCGCAAGGCACCACCACCACCACCACCACUACUACGACGAACACAGCCGGCACUACCGCCGGCAUUCAGGAACUUCCGAACGGCGGUAUAGCCGCCGGUCUCGACGCUGGCCUCGAAUCGGGUGAAGAGGACGAUCCUGCAGCCUUGAUGGCCUGGCCCAGCACCCCGAGGAAGAGGCUAUCUUACAUCUUAGUCGCGCCAAUUUUAUUUCCUCUUUGGUUAACGUUACCGGAUGCGAGAACACCCAGAGGGAAAAAGUUCUUUCCGAUAACGUUUCUCGGCUCGAUCUUUUGGAUCGCGGCGUACUCGUAUCUGAUGGUCUGGUGGGCAAAUGUCGCCGGCGACACGGUGGCCAUACCGCCGGAAGUGAUGGGCCUGACAUUCCUCGCAGCUGGCACCAGCAUACCGGACCUCAUCACGAGCGUCAUCGUAGCGCGGAAGGGAUACGGUGAUAUGGCCGUGUCAAGCUCCGUCGGCAGUAACAUCUUCGACGUGACCGUUGGGCUUCCGGUGCCGUGGCUCCUGUACGGUUUGAUCUAUGGAAAACCCGUAGAAGUGAACUCGGUGGGCAUGGUAUGCAGCAUAGCGAUACUGUUCUGCAUGCUGCUCUUCGUCAUCAUGAGCAUCGCCUGCUUCAGAUGGAAAAUGAACAAGGGUCUCGGCUUCACAAUGUUCAUUCUCUAUUUUGUCUUCGUUGCUGUCUCGUUGAUGUUCGAGUAUCAGAUUCUGGUCUGCCCGGUGUAAGAGCAAGACAGAGUCGGAACGGCAGAGGUAAACCAAAAAAGCUCUUGCUUAGAGGACACGUCUGCGAAACCACACACGGACGCGCAUUUACGGGUCUCGUCAUCACAUCAUCGCGUCAUCAUAUCGUCGUCGGCGAGUCUCGGCCGAGACGAGAGAAACUCUUCCCCGCGGUCGCCGCUUCGAGAGCCGAGGAGGAAACCGUGCCAGUCAUUUAACACACAUCUCCCUACUUUUCUGCAAGCACGAGGAAAAUAAAAAAAAAAUAAUCUUAAUGGUCGAAAUUCGGCAAUAGACAGAGAGCACCCCAUUUACUCCCAUCACCGAGUAUCUCAUCGGGUCAAAGCAAAUUUUUGCAUGUAUACCUAACUGCAGAGGCAGUUUUUUUUGUUCCAGUCAUGCGAGAGAUGUACAUAUUUGUAUAAAAUCUGAAAUACCUGAAACGAAAUACUCGUCUUGUUAAGGAUUAUAAAAGACACCGAGCGCAAAGUCACUUCGCUCGGGAUGCGCUGAUUUUAUUAUUUAGGCACGGCGAGCGCGUUAGCUGAUCGUGCCAAGGACCAACCGACAUAAUUUUUUAUAUUAUUCGUGGAAGAAUUUCUUGGCGCACGCGAAUCUCAUUUUUCACGAUCUUUUGUCCCUUAUUGUUUCUUUAUCUGUAUACUCUCUUUGGGUCAAGUAAGUAAAUAUGUCAAGCAUUGAGACGAGAUAAUUAUCAGUAUUGUUCUUCUUUUUUUUUCGAAAAAUUAUUUAGACUUUUUUUGUAUAUAAUGUACAUACAACAGAGAUUCUCUCACGAAUGAAGAACGUAUAACGUAAAUGUUACGCGGCGCGACGUUCGUUUUCAACUGUAAAUCAUCGCGCUAUCAUCGGAUAGUUGUGGGACUUGUGCAUUUAUUGAAAAACGUCACUGUCGUGCAAACCGACAAAUACUUAGCAAUAAAUAUCAGCAAGUUUUAGAAACAAAAAACAAAACGCGCGGAGUUUACUCUCAGCCAGUGUAUAAAAUACUCCUCUUGUAGAGCUUCUCUUCUCGUUUGACUCCUUGGCACGCUCACGUUCGUGAAAUAUAUUACGGUAUAUAUAAUGUUAAUCUCUUAUAGGAGAGAGACGACCUGACCGCUCGCCGAUUUUUUCUCUCAAAAAGCAGAACUCUCUUCGCCUCUAAUCGUAGAAUAGCGUUAUACAACUUUACUCUCUCUCUGUUGUGCUCACGAAAUUCAAAUGUGAUGCGAUGCGCGGCUCACUAUUUCGGUUCGAUGAUGGAAACGAUGUAAUUUACCCUCUGAGUUUUUCAAGUGUUUAACGAUGUAGAAUUCUUGUAUGUUUUAAUUUUUGUGUAACUAAUUAAACCGAUUUCCACUGUUUGCGCGAAACAGAUUAUUACAUUUAUACACAAAAAAAAAAAAACAUCAGAAAGAGAAAUUAUUUUAUUUCUUUCUGUGUGUUUGCAAUUGUAUAAUAAAUGUAUUUUCGUAAUAUAACCGCGAUUUAUUAUCAAGAUGAAAUUUGGGAUUUGAUCUCAAUUUGACAAAUAUUAUCUUCUUUGUUAUAUUCUCCGUCUGCGCGCUUUUUAUUCGCGUGAAAUAUCCGAAUUCAUUAAUUUGUUAAACGUUUAAACACUGAUGUAAUAUCAUAUCUCAAACGAAACGGCUGACUAUCGCAUCGGAUCUUUGACGUGCGAUCGGAACGGAUGUUGCUAUGUGAAUAAGAUAUAUCGGUAAAGUAUAUAGAUAAAAAAAAAA